AUGUCUCUUCCCCUUCUGAAAAUUAAGAAAUGGUCAAUUCCGAUAAAUGAAACAUCGAAACUAAGUGCCAAGCAACAAAUUAUGAUUAUUCAAUAUGCUGGUCAAUUGUUUGAGUUGACUAGUAUGGUGGAAGGAUUGAUAACUCCAUUGAUGAGAGGGGAGGAUUUAACAAUUGCUAAUUCAGAUUAUUUAUUUGAUUUGGAAAGAAAUGAUCUUUAUUUGAGUACUAUUUGUAGAGCUAGAGAAGGGAAAAUUUUACAAUUUCUAGUAAAGCCAGGAGAUUGGGUCGAGAGAAAUCAAGCUGGAAUAAUUAUUGAGAGAGAAAAAAAAGUUGAGGAGUGGAAAUUCCUUAAACCAGGUAGAAUUCUCGAAGUUAAUUUAAAAGUUGGAGAUCACGUUGGCUUUUUUUAUUCACCAUUCACAAUGAUGGAGAAGGAAAGUGGCGAAACUAAUCUUCCAUUAGCUGAUUGCAAAUUUAUUGGAAUUAGCAAUGAAAAUCCAAAAUAUAGACCUGAUAUGGCUCCUCAAAUGUAUUAUUUUGAGAAUCACAAUUGUGGAAUUAGUACAAAAGAAUACUAUACUGAAAUAUAUGAUAUAGAGUGGCUUGUUAAAGAAGGUCAAUUGGUAAAGAAGGGAGAUUUACUUUGUUCAUAUCAAGUACCCAAAUUAAGAUUGGAAUUUAUGAGUCCAUAUGAUGGGAAAAUUGUGUGGCUCAGAAGAGAUGAUUCCAUGUUCAUUGGGGAUUCAUUUUUUGAAAUAAUAGUUCACCAAUAA